AAUAAUUAGACCUUUUUAAACGCCUUCCACAUAAAUACCCAAUAAAAUAUUAAAUUAUUUUAAUAAUUACCUACUAAUUAAAAUGCGCAUAAUUGGCAUAAACAAAACAUUUUAAAUUUUAUAAACUACCAACAGCAAACGAUCACUGCACUGCGUAUGGACAAUGCCGAAUUUAGUGAACAGAUGUAAGCCGAAUCCAUUGAUGAAAAUGGAGAAGGAAAACGAGAACCAGGACUUGCGUCGAAAGCUGAAAAACUUGCAGAAAGUAACCUUUCGUUCGCUCUCAGAGCGAUCACCAGGACAGACCAACAAGGAAACCGUUUGGGAUCGUUUGAGCAAAGUAAAGAAGAGCGCCAGCAAUGAAGGUAGUUUGUUGAUCGGCAGCAAGGGCCGUACCCAUAUGCCGGCCAAGUGUUCGAUGCGAUUGCAACCGGCGCGCCCGCUGGGACAACGAACUAACAAAAAGCCGCUUACACCAAAUACAAAUCUCAACAAGCGGAUUAUGGAGAAGAAAUCUUACCGUAUAAUUAAAGGCAAAGCGGUGUACACACCUGAGCUGGAAGCUGAUGACAGCACAUUCAGUUGCAAGCGUAUAAAAUCUGUGAAGGAGAUUAUGACAGCGCGCAGUAUUUGCGAUUCUAGAACUUCUUCGGACGAAUCGGAUUCCGCAAAAACUUCACCCAGAUCCGAGAACAUGAGUCCCAUGGUAACAGUGCCGCGCAUCAAAGAUUAUGAUACUGAUGAUUUCGAAAUAGUGAAUCAAGUUGAGUCACAAGAUUCGUUGGAGGACUUUGUGGUUGCUCCACUCAUACCUGUGCCAACCACCGAGUCCUUGAAUAUGAGCGCCUACAUAACAUCAAACUUUUGCUGCCUUUUGGACAACAGGAAAAAGAAUAUGGAACCCGAGGAGAUAUCGGUGAUCAAAAAUGUGGUGAAGACUGAUGAGCGCCAUCGACAUCUCCAGCCAAACGAUUCUAUAUUGUUCAAGGAGAUACUCAAAACGCAGUUGAAAGAGAUAAUACGUCAAGAAAUGGUUGUCAAAUUGGCUUUAAAAAACUUACACGAACUUCCAGAGACCGACUGCCCAUCCACUAUAGCAACACAUAAGCCAAGCACACCAAAUUCGGCGCAUAAGAAACCACAAGUGGAUGUGAUCUUCAAGAAUGUACCAACGUUGGAAAAGGAGAUAAUCAUCUUGAAAGCUUUGGGUGAACAACUGGAGGCGACGCUAAAGCGCACGGUGUCUCAAAAUGAACUAAAAUUACUCGAGCUCAACAAGUUGGCCAUACCCAUAGCCAACAAGUGGCACUGUUCCUACCCAGACAAUGUGGAAUAUGCAAGCAUUGCGCUUAUGCCCAAGGGUAUACGCAGAUGCGUGGGUAUUCUACAGAAAUUCCGCAUGGAGCUCAAGACCAUUGUCGAACUGAAGGAACAAGCCAAUCAUCACUUUUAUCUACCCUCCCACAAAGAUAACAGCGAGCUCAAGCGCACUACGUUCAAGCGACUAAAAGAGAACCCCGACUUGUUGAGGCGUUACCUGAAGCCCAAGAAUACACUCGCACCUUUUAAUGUGUUGGAGCAAGAUCCUUGUUUCUUUAACAGCUUUCUCUAUAGUCCUUGUGUAAUAGGGGGCAUAGAAAGUGUUGUGUCACUGUCAAAGGAUUUGGUUGCGGCAGCGCCAGCCGCGAAAUUGUCGACGACACAGGUUGGUGAUAGUGCGCGUAGUGUUUGUGUGCCUUACAAGUAUGUGAAAGAGCCACUGAAGAUCGAAGAGAUUCAAAACACUCUAACCGAUGCCUUCUUUAAUGAACAGCCACCGAUCGCGCCGCAACAGCAAGCGCAAAGCUUGCCAACUGAACCAGAAAAUAAAGAACUACACGUACCUCGAGUGUGUGAGGCGCCAGUGCGUGGGCGAAAGCGGCGUCGUAUACGAAAGCGUACAACACCGUUGUCGCCGUACAAUGACACUGAUCCGAAGAAUAAUUUGUUCAAGACCAUACUGGUGGGCAGCGUUCAAAUAUCAGUGUUCUUGCUACUUAUUAUGGCUGUCACAUAUCCUGACUUAAGGUGUUGA